AUGCCCUCUACUUUUCACGAAAAUUCUGCGAUCAAUACACCCUUUCAGCAUCAACGAUUAGGUAUUGCACGUCUUUUUGUCGGACAGCUUAACUUUGACGCCACCGAAAAGGAUGUUCGUCAGAUUUUUUCAUUUUAUGGUGAUGUCCUCUACGUUAAUACCUUACAGGACCAAAACGGUAAGAACACGGGAUCUGCAUUUGUGACGUAUGCCACUACAGACGAGGCUGACACCGCCAUUCAAGCCCUUCAUGACCACUAUAACAUGGGACGUGAUAAACCAUUACAGGUUUCCUAUUGCAGAAGGAGCGAUCUAAUCUCUUCUUUUGGCUAUCAACACGCGUUAGAGAUUCGUGACCGAAAUAAAUCUAACCCACUUCCACCACAACAACGUAUACAAUGA